AAAUCUUAGGGGUUCCUAAAUAUUCCCGAUGUACAAAAGUUAGUCAGUAUUGUACUAAGAUGGGUCAAUCUCUAAAGUCCAACAUUGCAAAGUAAAAGAAAUCGCACGGAACAUGAUUUCCAGGUCCAUGAAAAUAUGCUGAGCAGCUCAACAUUUGACAGAAAAAGAUUACUCCAUCACACGUCUUUCUUUUAUGCGAAAUAUGCCCACAAAUGUUCCUUUAGUUGCAGUUAUUUUUCUAAAUGGUUUUCCACUUUAAAAAUGGAGGGUAAAACAGUUCAAGACGAUAAUAAAAACUCUGCAUCACAGAGAACUGAUGCUGGAAUAAUUAUUAUUGGUGACGAAAUUUUAAAAGGCCAUACUAAAGACACAAAUGCUUCUUUCCUUCUCAGUAAGUUAUGGACAAAUGGAGUUUAUGUUGAAAAAGUAUCCUUUCUUCCUGACAAUAUUGAUCAGAUAGCAAAGAAAGUAAGAAAGUUUUCUUCCAGAUAUUCCUUUGUCAUAACUGCAGGCGGUGUUGGACCAACACAUGAUGAUGUCACAUACAAAGGUAUUUCAAAGGCCUUUGAUGAACCAUUAAUAGUUAAUAAACAGAUAAAGAACAUGUUGGAAAUUUUUUCUGGGACUAAUGAAUUAUCACAAAGCUUUUUAAAAAUGGCUACUGUUCCCGAAACUUCAAAAGUGAUAUUUGGCAUUGAUCCUCUUACAAAUAGGGAAGUAAACUUCCCAUUGCUAUGUGUUAGAAAUGUUUACAUUUUUCCAGGAGUUCCUCAAUACUUACAGAAAUCAUUUCUUGCCAAUAAACAUUUAUUCUCUGGCAAGAGCACAUUUUUAUUGACAAAAAUUUAUCUAUCAGCAAAUGAAGACAUCAUCGCAUCUUGCAUUGAAAAAUUGAGUGAAAAAUUUUCAGAUGUUCAUGUAGGCUCAUAUCCAAUGUUGAAUGAUGUAUACAAAGUCAAAGUGACUUUAGAAGCAGAGGUGCAAGAACAAUUAGAUCUAGCAUAUGAUGCUCUUAUAAAAGAUCUCCCAAAUGAUAUUAUUGUGUCAAUAAAAAAAUGUUUACCAAACAACAGAGAUGCUCAUCACGAAAUGUUUAAUACAUCAACCGUUAAAAUUCGAAGAAACAUGUCAUCCCCACAAUUAUCCUCACUGUCAUUAGUUGACUUGGAUCAUUAUCUUGAUGUCAACAACAACUCAAAAUUGAGUAUUUCUAUCAAAUGUGCAUGGGCUGUCUUUGUACAGACUAUGCAAAUGUAUACAUUGGAUGAAGUUUGCAUUGGUUUUAACGGUGGGAAAGAUUGUACAGCUGUCCUGCAUCUCUUUGUGGCAUUUAUGAAAAAAAUGUUUCCAGAUAAUACAAAACGACUGCUAGGUUUGUACUUAAAACAUUCCAAUCCAUUUGAAGAAGCACAUAUAUUUAUCAAAGACUGUGAAGUUAAUUAUAACUUAGAAAUGAUAGUCAUACCAGGCAGUAUAAAGGAAGGUUUGACCAAAUUAAAAACUUCCCAUCCACAAAUCAAAGCUGUUAUUAUGGGUACCCGGCGACAUGACCCUUAUUCGUCUUCCCUCCGGGCAUUCACAGUGACUGACGAAGGAUGGCCUAGCUACAUGCGAGUAUUGCCGAUUUUGGACUGGAGUUACUGUGAGGUUUGGGAGCUGCUACGAACUUUCCGCCUGCCAUAUUGUAAGUUGUACAAUGAUGGCUACACAUCGUUAGGUUCAACUACAAACACAACAAAGAAUCCAGCUUUGUUACUACCUGAUGGAAGAUAUUCUCCGGCAUACGCUUUGAAAAAUGAGUUUGCUGAAAGAACUGGAAGGGAUAAAAAAGAAGGACAAAACAGUGACACAGAAGAGUAGUAAUUUCGUUCUAGAAAAUUAGGCUUUGUUAUUGAUACACAGAUAUUUUAUCGCAUAUUUCAGUUUUUUUUAAAAAAAAAAUAAGGGACUAUUUAUUAUGAGUCCAUUUUUAGGGCUGCUUCAAUUAACUGGUGUGAUUUUCACACACUGGUUUUGAUUUUCAAUAAGAAACAGGAACCAUUUUUUAUUUUGUUUGAUGUUUUAAACAUUUCCAGCUAUUUCCACCUAUUAAGAGAUAUUAUUUUUUAUAUUACAUAUUACAAUUUCAGCAACAGUUUACGGAGUGAUACAGUUUAUUUUAAAAAUAAACGCUUAAUUGACAGUGA